CGCACUGCGCAUGCGCCGGCGCUCCGCUCCGCUACAACCGCACUGGAGUCAAAACAACCCGACAAACAGUCACCCUCCGGCCGGGAGCGACAAGCCGCCGAUCUGCGGUCGUUGGAGCCGGGCUGCACCGUGAUUCCGCCGCGGGAGGAGAGCGGCGCCGAGCCUUCUGGAGAUUGAAGCCCGCAUUAUGGAGCGGCGAGGGUAGCUAGCCGCCCCGCCUGCCGGAGCCUCGGGUAAAACGGAGCGGGCAGAGGAUGACCGACCCGGAGCGACACACCGAAUAAACCUCCCUCCGCCCCGCGUGCCAGCCCCACGGGGACAUCCGGACAGCCGCGGACAGACUGCAGCUCCCCGGAGCCAGCCCCUGCUUACGGAUCGAUCUCCAGUCUACUAGCAGCAGCUAACAUUAGCCAGUCAGGCUAGGUGCUACUGGGCUGUCGAGCUAGCCUGACCCACACGCCGGGACAGGGGCCCCCGGCCUGCCGCGGCGAGCACGGCCCCCCGCCUCUCCUACCGUGACACGGCGGACGGGAACUAUGUUAUCCGCCCGGUGAGAGAGAGCAGACACCCCGCUGUGCGCACGGCCAGAGCACGGUGAGCCGCGAGCGAGCUAGCUGGCUGGCUAGCUUCCCCCCAAACAAACAUCUGGAUGUGAGCUUAGCCAGCGUUAGCUUCCCCCCCCCAAACAAACAUCUGGAUGUGAGCUUAGCCAGCGUUAGCUUCCCCCCAAACAAACAUCUGGAUGUGAGCUUAGCCAGCGUUAGCUUCCCCCAACAAACAUCUGGAUGUGAGCUUAGCCAGCGUUAGCCGCCGAUGCGAUGGUCGCACUGAGCCCCGCUGCUCUGGGGGAUCGGCCUUGCUCUGCUGGAUAUCCCGGCACGGGGUGUUUCUCCGUCCGUGCGUCAGAGUGCGUGCAGCCGCUGGCACCUUAAUGUAAAAAGACCCGAGAGCCGUCCUGCCGGGAAGCAGCCAUGCAGGCCGCCCAGCUGCAGUACGACUUCUUCAACGAGGAGAAUGCACCGAAAUGGCGAGGCCUGCUGGUCCCCUCCCUCAACAAGGUACUGAGCCAGGUGCAUCCUAACCUGGUGUCCCAGCAGGAGGCGCUGCAGUACAUCGAGGAGCUGAUCCUGCUGCUGCUCAGCAUGCUGUGCCAGGCCCAGCCCCGCAGCGUGCAGGACGUGGAGGAGCGCGUUCAGAAGAGUUUCCCUCAUCCGAUCGAUAAGUGGGCGAUCGCCGACGCCCAGGCCGCCAUCGAGAAGAGGAAGAGGAGGAACCCGCUGGCUCUGCCCGUCGACAAGAUCCACCCACUGCUCAAGGAGGUGCUGGGCUACAAGAUCGACCACCAGGUGUCGGUGUACAUGGUGGCGGUGCUGGAGUACAUCUCCGCCGACAUCCUGAAGCUUGCCGGCAACUACGUGAGGAACAUCCGCCACUACGAGAUCUCCCAGCAGGACAUCACCGUGGCCAUGUGCGCUGACAAGGUGCUGAUGGACAUGUUCCACCAGGACGAGGAGGACAUCAGCGGCUUCCCCCUGAUGGACGAGGAGCCGUCGGCGAGCGAGGAGCAGAGCUACUACGAGCUGGUCAAGAGCUUCAUGGCGGACGGGCGGCAGUUCCUGCGUCAGCUCGACCUCAUCAUCAAGGUGUUCCGGGAGCCGUUCGCCUCCAACGCCAUGCUCUUCUCCCAGCACGACGUGGACAGUAUCUUCAGUCGUAUUGUUGAUAUCCACGAGGUGACGGUGAAGCUGCUCGGUCUGAUCGAGGACACGGUGGAGAUGACGGACGAGGGCAGUCCUCACCCACUGGUGGGCAGCUGCUUCGAGGACCUGGCCGAGGAGCUGGCGUUUGACCCGUAUGAGACGUACGCUCAGGACAUCCUGCGCUCCGGCUUCCACGAGCACUUCCUGAGCCAGCUGUCCAAACCGGGCGCCGCCUUCUACCUGCAGUCUAUCUGUGAAGGCUUUAAGGAGGCCGUCCAGUACGUUCUGCCCCGCCUGCUGCUGACCCCCGUCUACCACUGUCUGCACCACUUCGAGAUCCUGAAGCAACUGGAGGAGAAGAGUGAGGAUGAGGAGGAUAAGGAGUGUCUGAAGCAGGCCAUCACGGCGCUGCUCAACCUGCAGAGCAGCAUGGAGAGGAUCUGCUCCAGGAGUCUGGCCAAGAGGAGGCUCAGCGAGUCGGCCUGUCGUUUCUACAGCCAUCAGAUGAAGGGGAAGCACCUCGCCAUCAAGAAGAUGAACGAGAUCCAGAAAAACAUCGAUGGCUGGGAGGGGAAGGACAUCGGCCAGUGCUGCAAUGAGUUCAUCAUGGAGGGGACGCUGACACGCGUGGGCGCCAAACACGAGCGCCACAUCUUCCUGUUCGAUGGCCUGAUGAUCUGCUGCAAGUCCAACCACGGCCCGCCGAGGCUGCCGGGGGCCGGCUCCACCGCCGAGUACCGGCUGAAGGAAAAGUUCUUCAUGCGCAAAGUCCAGAUCAAUGACAAGGACGACAAGGAGGGCGAGUACCGCCACGCCUUCGAGAUCAUCCUGAAGGACGGCAACAGCGUGGUGUUCGCCGCCAAGUCGGCCGAGGAGAAGAACGGCUGGAUGGCGGCGCUGAUCUCGCUGCAGUACCGCAGCACGCUGGAGCGAAUGCUGGACUCGGCCAUGAUGCAGGAGGAGAAGGAGGAGCAGAUGAGGCUGCCGGGCGCCGAGGUGUACCGCUUCGCCGAGGCGGACUCCGAGGAGAACGUGGUGUUCGAGGAGAACGUCCAGUCCAAGUCGGGGAUCCCCAUCAUCAAGGCCGGGACGGUGCUGAAGCUCAUCGAGAGGCUGACCUUCCACAUGUACGCAGAUCCAAACUUCGUCCGGACAUUUCUGACCACGUACCGCUCCUUCUGCAAACCACAGGAGCUGCUGGACCUGCUGAUGGAGAGGUUCGACAUCCCGGAGCCGCGGCCGAGCGAGGCGGACCAGCUGGAGGGCGGAGAGCAGCCGCUCAGCGCCGAGCUCAAACGCUUCCGCAAGGAGUUCGUCCAGCCCGUGCAGCUCAGGGUGCUGAAUGUGUGCCGUCACUGGGUCGAGCAUCACUUCUACGACUUUGAGAGAGACGCUCACCUGCUGCGACGCCUGGAGGAGUUCAUCGCUCUGGUCCGAGGCAAGGCGAUGAGGAAGUGGGUGGAGUCGAUCACCAAGAUCAUCCAGAGGAAGAAGCAGGUGCAGGCGAGCGGGCCGAGCCACAGCAUCACCUUCCAGAACUCGCCCCCGCCCGUCGAGUGGCACCUCAGCAAGCCGGGCCAGACCGAGCUGUUCGACCUGAUGACGCUGCACCCCAUCGAGAUCGCCCGGCAGCUCACCCUGCUGGAGUCCGACUUCUACCGGGCGGUGCAGCCGUCGGAGCUGGUGGGCAGCGUGUGGACCAAGGAGGACAAGGAGAUCCACUCGCCCAACCUGCUGAGGAUGAUCCGCCACACCACCAACCUCACGCUGUGGUUCGAAAAGUGCAUCGUGGAGACGGAGAACCUGGAGGAGCGAGCCGCCGUGGUCGCUCGGAUCAUCGAGAUCCUCCAGGUCUUCCAGGAGCUCAACAACUUCAACGGCGUCCUGGAGGUCGUCAGCGCCAUGAACUCGUCCCCAGUCUACAGGCUGGACCACACCUUCGAGCAAAUUCCGAGCCGACAGCGGAAAAUCCUGGAGGAAGCCCACGAGCUGAGUGAGGAUCACUACAAGAAGUACCUGGCCAAACUGCGCUCCAUCAACCCGCCCUGCGUGCCCUUCUUCGGAAUCUACCUGACCAACAUCCUGAAGACGGAGGAGGGGAACCCCGACUUCCUGAAGAGGCACGGCAAGGACCUGAUCAACUUCAGCAAGCGCCGGAAAGUGGCCGAGAUCACCGGGGAGAUCCAGCAGUACCAGAACCAGCCGUACUGCCUGCGCGUGGAGGGCGACAUCAGGAAGUUCUUCGAGAACCUGAAUCCCAUGGAGGACAAGUCGGAGAAGGAGUUUGCAGACUAUCUGUUCAACAAGUCGCUGGAAAUCGAGCCUCGCAACGUCCGCUCAUUACCUCGAUUCGCUAAGAAGUACACCUGUCCCCUGAAGUCCCCGGGCGUCCGUCCGUCGUCGGCGCGGCCCGGCACCAUGCGCCACCCGACGCCGCUGCAGAACGAGCCCAGGAAGAUCAGCUACAGCCGCAUCCCCGACACCGACACGGAGGGCGGGGCCGUCUCCGCCCCCAACUCCCCCCGGACCCCCCUCACCCCCCCGCCCGCCUCCGCCGCCUCCAGCUCCACCGACGUGGGCAGCGUCUUCGACUCGCCACAGGGUCCCAGCAGCCCCUUCCACUCCAGGUCGUCCUCGGUGUCGUCCAUGGUCAGCUUCAGUCGGGGUUCAGAGGACGUCCCGGUCCCGCCCCCGGUGCCCCCCCGCCGGCGGCCCGAGUCGGCGCCCGCAGAGUCGUCACCGUCCAAGAUGAUGUCGAAGCUGGACAGCCCCCCCGCCGUGCCCCCCCGCCAGCCCACCGCCAAGCUCCUCCCCCCUCGUUACUCCUCGUCGCUGUCGUCCUCCUCGCCCCCCGACAGCCCCCCCUCCCUGCCCCCCCGCGAGCCGCUCAGCUCGCCGCUGCACCUGCUGCCGCCGCCGCAGGGCCGCCCCCGCUGCGACCUGCUGGCCCAGGCCUUCUUCCCCCCCUCCACCCCCUCCGCCAUCGCCCCGCCCUGCUCCGCCUCCUCCUCCUCGCCUCCUCCGCCUCCUCCCCCCAUGACCCCCACCCCCUCCCCCGGGGCCAGGAAGCUGCCCCCGCCCUCCCCGCCCCUCCUCCCGGACGGCCCCCCCGUGCCGCCCCGACACGGCGUCCCCAAACUGCCUCCCAAAACCUACAAGAGGGAGUCGCUCAGCCACGCCCCCCUGCUGGACACGCCCCCCGCGCUCUGAUUGGACAGCCUGGACUUGUUAAAAGGGGCAGAGCAGCAGAUUGGACUCCCUGAGGCGAGGGGGCGGGAGGGGGCGGGGCAACAGAGCGGACAUUGCCCAGAAGGGGCGGAGCUAAACAAGCUAACACUACAGCCGAUUGGACCAGAACGAAACCAACAAAACUGUACAAAAUGGAUGGAUGUAAAAAAAAAAAAAAAACUAAGAAAAGAAAAGAAAAAAGAAGAAGAAGAAGAAAUAAUAAUAAUAAUAAAAUAACGUGGACGUUGUGAGAAAACAAAGAAACCGACCAAUCAGGAGGUUCUGAUCCAACCUGGACUGGAAAAAAAAAAAAAAAAUCAUGUGCCCUUAUAUGGAAAAAGAAAAACUUGUAUGAAAGAUGAUUGUCAAUCUCAUCUCCAACAACAGGAGAGUCUGUCUGUGUGUGUGAAUGUGUGUGUGUGUGUGUGUGUGUGUGUGCGCGUGUGUGCGUGCGCGCGCGUGUGUGUGUGUCUCUGUGGUCGUCAGCUGAUUUCAUCCUCAGUCGGUGGUUUUUCUGUCGGUCGGGAUCGGACCUGGACGAGUCCAGAAGGUCGGCGGGUCCAAACCUCCUCCUCCUGUUGGAAAAGGGACUGGGGAAUCCUGGGUAAAAGAUGGAACUGUGGGUAAUGUAGUCGGGUCUGUGGGUCUGAGGUGUUCACGUGCCAGUAGUCGACAGAGUACCACGACGCCUUCAGGUACCCUACCACACCAAAGAGGUACUUUUCAACAGUCAAACCAACCAACACAAGUGAUUGUUAGUGCUUUUCUCUUCUGAUUCCCUCUCUGUUUGCCAAUGAACGUGUAAAAAGAAACAAAAAAAAACAAGAAAAAACAAAAAAAAAAAAACAAGAUGAUGAUGAUGAUGAUUGCCUUCUUUAAACAAGGGAAUAAACGUGUUUCUACCACUGUGGGCUGGACGGAGCGCCGUGGGAACAACCACCCCGUCCCGUUCAGGCUGCGUCUGAAUGUGUCCGAGUCUCAACAUUUCUCUUUUCACCUGCCAUUAAAAUGCCUCUCAAGUAUGAA